AUGGAUCAACUCUCCAUCGCCCAACUAGCCAUCUACGCUACUCUCAGCGUCCCUACCUUCUAUAUUCUAUGGAAGCAUGGGGCUACAGGAAUCCUCGGCUGGGGGUAUCUGCUUGUAUUCUUCUCGCUCCGCAUUGUCGGUUGUGCCAUGCAACUCUCCGGCAGCACGUCAGCAGCAAUUAUUUCCAGCAUUGGCCUGUCGCCCAUUUUGCUUGCAACAGCGGGAAUUCUCCAUGAAGCCCAGGUGUACCUGCGCCCUGAACUAAACCGUAAACUAGAGUGGUUAAAGGUGAUUCUAUAUCACAUCCAAGUCACUGGCGGUAUAGCUCUACUGGCUGUCGGUGCAUCCCGGCUGCAAAACAGCCCGCAUCCCACCGCCGGUGAUCGCAGCAUGGCCAAGGCUGGCAUGGGCAUCUUGACAUCAGCAUGGGUAGUCCUCGCCGUCUGGAUCAUAUUCUCGUGCCGGCCCUUUUCUAGGAUUUCCCGGAUGGAAAUGGACAUUGGCCAUAUGCUUUUGAUAUCGACACUCGUUUCCAUCCCGAUUUUGGGCAUUCGCGUCAUCUACAGCUUAGUUUCGCUGGUAUCUACAAAUGCUGGUGACCCUUCGAUGGCUGUUAGAGUCAUUUGCACUACCCUUCCGGAAAUGAUUCCAGCAAUCAUCUUCUGUAUUGUUGGACUUUACACGGCUAUCAGGCCCCAUAGGCAUGAAGUCACGGGACGCAACGUUCACAAUGACUCAGGGAAGUCUCGAGCGUAG